AAAAGAGGGAGGGAGAGAGUAACCGCACCUCCACACCUCGUCCCAACUACUGACUGAACCCCAUACCUUACCCUUCCCAUCUCUUUUCUCUCAACCCACCAUUGAUGCCCUUCAAUUCAUGCCAACCACUCUCUUCUGAAGAAAGAGAGAAGUUCCACUGCCAUCACUUCCCCUCCUUGGGAAAGACACAUACAUAUGUGAAGACACAAGCUGCAGCGGCGUGUUUCUGUUUCUUCUUCUUUUGCAGCACCAUUGAUGCCCUUCAAUUCAUGCCAACCACUCUCUUCCGAAGAAAGAGAGAAGUUCCACUGCCAUCACUUAUUUCCCCUACUUGGGAAAGACACAAGCUGCAGCGGCGUGUUUCUGUUUCUUCUUCUCUUGCUUGCUGCAUACUAAGUGAUCGAGCCUAGUGGGAGGACAGAGGGAGAAAUUGGCCGCCAUAUAAGGAUGGUGGAGUUUAUGGCGGUCGUGGUGAUCAGGGGGUACGACGCGUAGCGGGACCCGGGGGGAGCAGAUGUGGGAGGUGGGGUACAGCAGCGCUGCCAUGUCCGCCACUCCCCUUCCUUCCUCAUGCUCUAAGUAUGCGUAUGUGUAUGCGAAGAAGCACAAUCAUUAUGUUAAUAAAGGUGGCGGAGAUGAUUAGCGGGCCGGAGAAGGAGGACACCGUGGUGGCGGAGAUGAUUAGCGGGCCGGAGAAGGAGGACACCGUGACAUCGGCGCCGCCUCUCGGCACCUUUCUCGCCGUCCCUCCUUCGCCCGUAAUCCCUGCCACCACCCGUGAAUGACCGCGCGGGUCCCGUGAUGAUUCCUCCCACCCGUGAACGACGCUACAAGGCGUGGAGACCCCGCAGGUCCCGUGAUGAUCCCUCCCACCCGUGAACGACGCAACAAGGCGUGGGGACCCCGCAGGUCCCGUGAUGAUCCCUCCCACCCGUGAACGACGCGGCUGCCGAGCGGUGGCGACGUACGAGCCUCUCUCCCAUCACACUAAUUACUAUCUUUAAUACUAAUCUAAUCGAAUGGCAUCCGGGGAUUACACGUCCUCGCGGGGGGCAGGGGGGCAGGGCGGUGGCGGCAAAGGCUGGCGCGGGCGAGCCGCGCGGUGGAUAAGCAAUCCUUCCCCUUGGAGAUACCAUCAUAUCCAAGACUGUGGGCUGGUGCAUACUCCUACUCUGAGCGAGAUACUAAGGCUGAUGCUCUUGAAAUCGCACAAAAGAAGGGGAGUAAACGUGUUGGCUGAGAUUGAUGUGCCCGGCCAUGCUCUCUCAUGGGGUGUGGGCUAUCCUGAUUUGUGGCCCUCAGCUGAAUGCCAAGAACCACUUGAUGUCAGUAAAGAGUUCACAUUCAAAGUAAUUGAAGGAAUUCUUUCUGGUUUGAUACGUGAUUCUCCCUCCGCUUCGAUCACCCGCCGACAAAGGAGGGGCGCUCUGCCUCCUCGGACGAGGGCCCGGUACUGCCAUUGUUGUCCUCCGACUCGGCAUCGCCGGCGAAGCUCGAGUACAGGCCUUCCAGACGGAAGGCAUUCGGGUCGUACCAGGCCCUGGGCGGGCACAAGGCCAGCCAUCGGAAGCCUAGCAGCGGCGUCGAGGAAGCCUCGCCUCGGGCUCUUCCACGACUAGCGCAAGCGCCUCCACGGCGGCCUCCGGUGGCGGCAGGGUGCACCGGUGCUCCCUCGGUGUGCCUGAAGACGUUUCCGUUGGGGCAAGCGCUGGGUGGCACAAUACGUGCCACAACGACGGGAGCGUCGGCAGCGGCACUACCCCGGCGGCGAUGACGUGUCGGAGGGGGCGAGCUCGAGGCACAUGCCGUUCUAUCUGAACGUGCCAGCGUCGCCGGACUCGGAGUUCGACGACGUCAAGCGUUGGGUGGCGGCGGCGGUGAAGGAAGAGGAGGAGGUGCAGAGCCCGCUGGCUUUCAAGAAACAGAGACCUGUCGUCCCACAUGAGCGAGUCAACUCCAGUACUGGAGACCGGAGAUCACCGCCGUAGAGGAAUGAAAGCAGCCCCAGAGGAGAACUAGCCAUUGCAAUCGGACUGUCUGUUCUGUACAAGACCGAGUAUGAGUGAAAUAGUUGCUCUGUGAGAUACAUGGCCAAGGGUGCGAUUCUAGUUGUCUUUUUUCCACCCCAAUCCGAAUCCCGUGCUUCCCACA